UUCAUCCUACACCACCAGCUGGGACUGAGGCACUGUACACUGGGACACUGUUCCAGAGAGGACACCUGUAGGACCUCUCUGUAGGACACCCUGUGGGAUUCAGGAUGCUUUAUUGGGGCAAACUGAACUCAACAGGAAAUGACCCUUCACACCAGGACGAUGAAGGAUCCAAUGAAAUCUUCCGCCUUAAGGGAAGCAAGGAUGUGUCAAUCACAGAGGGGCUCGCGACGUUCAUCAGGGACCCGGACCGGAGAGUCACCAUAGUGACGUCACAAAGGGGAAACGGAAAACAGACACCGUACCGACGAAUGACUUUAGAUUUGAAGAAGGAGCGAGCUGCCAUAUGCAGCGCCGGACAGAAGCAUGUUGUGAUUGUAACUGAGGCAGGGGCGGUGUGGGAAUGGAAGCAUUCGACCCAAUCCAACAUACCCAGGAAGAUCAGCAGCUUAACUAACAUUGCACAAGUUGCAUGUGGCAGCUAUCACACUGUCGUCCUAACAAAAGAUGGUCAGCUGUUCACGUGGGGUCAGAACUCGAGCGGUCAGUUGGGUUUAGGGAAAGGCGAGCCGAGCUCUCUGUCUCCUCAGCCCCUCAAGUCUCUGUGUGGGAUCCCACUGGCUCAGAUCAGCGCAGGAGGAGACCACAGCUUCGCCCUGUCUCUCUCGGGGGCCGUGUUCGGCUGGGGCAGGAACAGCGCCGGGCAGCUGGGUCUGGGAAACACUGAUGACAGACACGCCCCUGUUUGUGUGAAGAGCUUGAAUUUGAAGAAAACUGUCUUCAUCUCAUGUGGAGAGGACCAUACUGCUGUUCUAACAAAGGGAGGGUUGUUGUUCACAUUUGGAUCAGGUCGUUAUGGGCAGCUUGGACACAACUCACUGAGAGAUGAACUACUGCCUCGUGUAGUUGCUGAAUUCUGGGGGUCCAAAGUUUUCCAGAUAGCCUGUGGAGGGCAUCACACUCUGGCACUGGUUGAGUCAUCAAACACGAUCUACUCGUUUGGAUGUGGAGCACAAGGUCAACUGGGAAAUGGCCUGAGGACCAAUCAGUGUGUGCCGUUUCCUGUUGAGCUGCCACCAGAAUACAGCCCUGAUCAGGCAAUUAAGAAAAUUACUGCUGGAGGGAAUAUUUCUGUUCUCUUUAUCUCUGAUGAUGUAAAAACAGGUUCAAACCCGAGUUCAUGUAACACCACAGCAGUGUUGAAUGAUGAAAUGAUUGAUCGCUGGAUUUCACCCUGUAACUCAAAAACCUGGAAAAAGAAACAAAGGGAAAUCCAGAAAAUGUUCUCAUCAGUGUCAUGCAUUAAUGGGAGCUUCUGUGAGAAAAGCGGUGACCAGCAUUAUAAAACAUCUAAACUGUAUUCUGGUCUCGAUUUAUCUUUGGCUCGUCUUGCCUUUGAGAAGCUGGCCAAAAAGGACAAUGUUCUACCAGAGAUCGAGACGGUGGUGGAGAAAGCUCUUCUGCCCUCUCUGAGCCCGGAUGCUGCUGGUGUGGAAGCUCUGAGGGUUUACCUCAUCCUGCCUGAACUCCUCCGAGUGCUGAAAAAACAAGGGCGUGGCACACAGCUCACUGUUGCACUGGCACGUGCCAUCUUACAACUGAAGCCUGAGUCAAUGGAGGUGUUGACAAGCCUGUGGACCAAACUGCCCUACUACUACUACAGGACUCUGGUGAAGAUGUUUCACUCUGUGUGUGCUCACCGUAUGUCACUGAGGAAAACAACAUGUGACUGGACUGAAGUUUUACCACUGCUAAAGGUUCUGCAGAAACUUUACAAUGUUAAUAGUCAGAGAGCUGCAUCACUGACUGAGGGUUACUUCCUUAUCAAGGAACUCAAUGACAUCUUCACAUUGGUGGGACAACGUUCUUUAAAAGAUCUUUUCCUUAUAAUGAGAUUGGCAGAAGAGGAAGAGGGGCUAAUACACAUUGAUGAACAACUAGGUAUUUUCUUCAAUGUUUUGGAAAAUACAUUUCUUUAUACAAGCUAUCCUUUUAUCCUUGACAUAAACAGUAAACGCACAGCAUUCAGGAUUUUACAGUUACAUCAUGGACAAACGCUUGUGUUUGACAUUCAAAACACACUGCAUGUGAACAGACAAUCGGUUCUGGCCGACACACUUGAGUACCUGAAAAAGGGCUGCCAUGAUUUUUCUCUUCCUUUAAAGGUCAAAUUUAAUCUGGAGGAUGGGUUAGAUUACGGAGGCGUGCGUGCUGGAUUCUUCACCCUGAUUGGACAGGAAAUAACAAAAGCCUCCAGAGUAAUCCAGGUAUCUGAGGACUCGGGACUCGUCUGGUUCUCUGCAGAUUCUGAAUACAGUCAGGAGGAAUUCUUCUACUUUGGCGUCAUGUGUGGCUUGGCCUUUUAUAAUCACUGUUUUAUGAACAUCGGCUUCCCGGUGGUACUGUUCAAGAAGCUGCUGGACCUCAGACUGACUCUGCGUGACCUGGAGGAGCUGUCGCCAGUGGAGGCCAGAAGCCUAAAGAAUUUACUGACAGAAGACGAGGAUGUUGUGGAGGAGCUCUAUUUGGAUUUCACAAUAAAAGGAAAAGAACUUAUUCCAAAUGGAGCAGAAAUCCCAGUCACAAAAGCCAACAGGCAGAAAUAUGUGGACUUGUACGUCGACUUUGUUUUGAACAAGUCAGUAGAAAACCAGUUCAAGAAAUUUAAGGAAGGUUUUUCUCGUGGAAACCCCUAUGACUUUUGGAAGAUGUUCAAGCCUGAGGAGCUCAGAGACUUACUCUACGGAACGUCUAAAUAUGAUUGGGAGGAGCUUCAAAAGGGAGUCAUUUAUAAACAAUGUGGACCCUCAGAUGAACUCGUCCAGCACUUCUGGUCUGUUUUCUUCGAGCUGGAUGAGGAGCACAAGAAGAAGUUUUUGACUUUUGUUUAUGGAACCGAUCGCCUGCCUGUAGGGGGAAUCUCUAAACUGCGACUGACAAUAACAAGAUGCAACUACAGUGACGCAGAUGACCGUUUCCCCUCUGCACAGACCUGUUUUGGCAUUUUGCACCUUCCGAAUUACAGCAGCAUCCAUAUACUUCAAAGCAAACUCACUGAUGCCAUCACAUUGUGUGAAAUUUUUGGACAAAGAUAAAAGUGUUUCACAUCAACUUCUUUCUUCGUAUGUGACCUGUACGCGUACUAACCUGUGUGACUUGAUAUGGCGUUACAUACACAUAUCAUUAAAACAGUGAUAGGUUAUCAGCCUAAAAUAAUAAUAACUUGUUACAGUUCCUAUGUUUACUCAUUUGAUGGUCUAAGGGUUAUUAUAUACUCUUCCUUGUAGUGGAUCACACUAAUCUGUAUAUUGUCAUUUAAAUGGGUUUGUAUUGUAAUUUUAGACCUUGUUUCCUCAUUUCUUUUUUUUUCUUCUUCUGGGUACUACAGUAU